GCCAGGGGCGUAGCCGUUAUCUCAUCAGGGGACCGAUUAACCGAUUGUCUAACAUUACAUUUGGAAACGAACAAUUUACAUUGUUUUUUAGUUCUAUUGCAAUGGAUACUUUUUCAAAAUCAGAAAAACGGAGUGCAUAGCAAACGGAGCAUAUUUCAGCAAUGUCUCCUGCAUUUUGAAGCCAAUAAACUGGACUCGAUCGGUAAUGAACAUGGACUGCGACAUAAGGGACACAUUAACCGAUAUUAAAAUGACUGUAGAAGUAUUCUACAAGGAUUCUUCAAAUUUGUAUAAGCCCUUCGCCGUUACAUUUAAAUUGGAUGUUUGCCAAUUGUUAAAAAGUAAAGUACAGCGAAAUUUUUUGGAGAAAUACGCCAUGAGCCAUUUGACGGAAUGGACUAAUCUAAACCACAGUUGUCCCUACAGAGGCCAUUUGCGUGCGCGUAACUUUUGUUUGGACGAGGUCUCUCUGCCCAUGCUUCCAAUUCAGGAUUACAAAAUUGUACUUAACUUUUCAGGAGCCAAUCCAGGAGUUCACUUGGGAUUGGUUAUGAUCUAUUUUGAAAUUCUAGAGGAUUAUUACAAGAACAAAAAGAAAAAGCCACUGCACAAGCCGUUGAACUUUGUUUAAAAUUUCUAUACAAUAUAGUAUACCUUAUAGCUUGCUAAGGAAAUAUAAAGUU